AUGGCUGCCAACCCCAUGGACGCCUUGCAAUGCUUCACCUCCAUCAGCGACAGUGUACCAUCGUGGAUCACUCGAGUCACGGAACUGGCAGCGCACACCUCUCGGAAACACGCCGAAUUUUCCGAAGAAUUCAAACACCUCGCUACAACAAAUAGUCAAUUAUCAUCCCUCCAACGACGACAAAAGAAUAGCUCAGUACACUCAAUCCGACCGGGUUCCGAUCUACUAUUAAAACCAUCUGGAGUCGCUCUCGAUGCUUCGUCUAAUGUGUCCGGGGACCCAAGUCUUGUAGUCCGCGUGCGUCGUCAACUGGUGAUAUACUACGACAGCCAUACACAAGCCGAACUUGAGCAAACGGUGCGCGAUAUAGGAAACGCUCGGAACAGUCUUCGCAAGGGCAAAAUGUCGCAGCUCAUGCGUAAGUCGGCCAAUGGAUUAGAUAUGUUUGUUGCCAGCCGUUCGCGCGAACCUCUUCGCGGAAUGCAGCUUCCUCCUUUGGAUGGGUUUCGGAGGAGGGCUGCUGGUGCACUAAUCACCACCACGACCACCACCACUUCUCAGAAUGAAUCUGCCUUUGAAUUUGCCGAUAAACAGUUAGAUAUCGCACAGAGUCUGUGUGAAACUGCCGCCCAUCAAUUCCUUCGCAGGGGAGAUUGUGCAAAGGAAUUAGAGGAUAUGCUCGCCAAGUUCAAGACUGUGCUCCAAACAGCUACGCAGGAAGCUACUCGAUUACGCGAGGAGAAGGAGCAAGAAGCAGAAGAGCAGCAGCAGACGAAUGGCUCUCCAACGUAUUCUUCUCGAUUCAAACCGUUUCACGCGGUAGAGGACGAUAAGCCGCCUGAGCCAGGUUCGGCGACUAUCGAGGUUGAUGAUACAGUAUCCGACUCUUCGAUUUCGAUUGAUAUAACGGCAUUCCGCUCGAAUCGGUUCCGGAUGUAA